AUGACGUUGGACGAGGACAUGCUCGAUUGCGGUGUUUGUUUCCUACCCCUCAAGCCACCAAUCUUCCAGUGUGAUGCUGGCCACGUGGUGUGCUCGUCGUAUCGGUACAAGCUGGCCACGUUUGGGAGGUGCCAUGUGUGUAGCACCGCCAUUACCGGUGGCUACCGCCGGUGCCAUGCCUUGGAGCAGCUGGUGGAGUCCAUCCGGGGGUCAUGCCCCAAUGCAACCUAUGGCUGCGCUGCCAGGGUGCUCUACUAUGACCUCCAUGCUCACCUUCUGGAUUGCCCACACGCUCCGUGCCACUGCCCUAGAGAAGCAUGUGGCUUCGUUGGCUCGACAUCGGCGCUCCUUGAUCACUUCGUCGGCACACACAAGUGGCCAUGCAUCACCGGGGUUCGGAACAGCGAGAAUCGUGCCAUCCACCUCCAUGAUGGCUUCAACUUCAUGGCUGUCGUCCAUGACACCAGAUAG